AUGCCACAUCACACCCUCACACGAGACGAAGUCUCCAAAAACAACACUGAGGAAUCACUCUGGUUCAUAAUCGACAGCAAGGUCUACGAUGUCACCGAGUUCGUCGAUGCCCAUCCAGGUGGAGAAUCGGUCUUGAAGCAAGUUGCCGGCACAGACGCGACAGAUGCAUUUUAUAAUCUACAUCGACAAGAAGUCCUACAAAAAUACUCGAAUCUAUGUAUCGGCACGAUCGAAGGGGAGAAAUCGCAAGUCAUUGAACAGAAUAUUGGGGAUUUGAGUGUUGUGCCAUAUGGAGAACCUACAUGGUUAACUCCGCAAUUCAAGAGUCCUUAUUACAAGGAAAGCCACAGGAGGUUACAGAAGGCGUUGAGAAUUUUUACCGAUAAAUAUGUUACGCCUGUUGCCCAGGAGUGUGAGAAGACAGGUGCACAUAUUCCUCAACAUUUGAUUGAUCGGAUGUCGAAGGCGGGGAUCUUACAUAUGAGAUUGGGCCCAGGAAAACAUUUACAUGGCGUUGAGCUUAUGGAUGGUGCUGUGAAAGGAGAGGAGUUCGAUUAUUUCCAUGACAUGAUUGUUUGUCAGGAGAUGGUUCGCGCUAAUGCGAGGGGCUUUGCGGAUGGUAAUAUGGCUGGUAUGACUAUCUCCUUGACGGCAGUUCUUCAAUUUGCCAAUGAUGAGGCAUGGAAGAACAAAAUCGCCGCGGAGGUCUUCAGUGGAAAGAAGAAGAUCUGCUUGGCUAUCACAGAAGCAUUUGCUGGAUCUGAUGUUGCAGGCAUUCGAACAACUGCGGAAAAGACUAAGGAUGGAAAACACUAUAUCGUAAAUGGUACCAAGAAAUGGAUUACUAACGGAGUAUUUUGCGAUUACUUUGUUACUGGUGUCAAGACAGAUAAGGGGCUCUCUGUUAUUUUGAUCGAAAGAGGCGAGGGUGUUGAGACAACACCUAUCAAAACAUCUUAUUCUCCUACAGCUGGGACAGCCUUUAUCACUUUCGAUAACGUAAAGGUUCCAGUCGAGAAUCUUUUGGGUGUGGAGAAUAAGGGUAUACAUGUAAUUUUGAGUAACUUCAACCACGAAAGAUGGAUGAUGUCUGGUGGAGUCACUCGUAUGAUGCGCUUAGUAACAGAGGAAUGUAUUAAAUGGAGUAACCAAAGAUUGGUAUUUGGUAAGAAGUUGACUGAUCAACCAGUCAUCCGUCAAAAGCUGGCUAAGAUGAUAUCUCACUGCGAGGCAAACCAAGCAUGGUUAGAGAACAUUACAUAUCAAAUGACGCUGAUGCCAUACAAACAACAAGCCACUCAUCUAGCUGGUCCAAUUGGUCUCCUUAAGAUGUUCGCUACUCGCUCAGCCCAUGAAUGUGCGGAUGAAGCCGUGCAGAUCUUUGGUGGUCGUGCACUUACACAGAGUGGUAUGGGAAGGACUAUUGAGAUGUUCCAUAGAACAUACAAAUUUGAUGCUAUUUUGGGUGGAGCCGAGGAGGUUCUGGGUGAUCUAGGAGUAAGACAAGCGCUUAAGAAUAUGCCAAAGAGUAUGUUGUAG